AUGGAUAUGGGGAUAUUUAGUGUCCCCAUAAUUUCACUCAUAUAUACAACUGAGGAGAACAACACAGAAAAAUCUUCCAUUUUAACCUGCUGUCACCCUCCCACCACUGCCGAUGUCACUGUUGAGACAGUGCCACCUGAAGUGGCUGAUGGAGAAAAUGUCUUCCUACUAAUUAACGGUCUGCCAAAGAAUAUUAUAGGCUUCGCCUGGUACAAAGGAGUACAGAAUAUAAGCCAUGUAAUUGCACUAUAUUCACUGAAAUAUAAUAUGAGUGUGACAGGGCCUCUACACAGUGGUAGAGAGACACUGUACUCCAAUGGGUCCUUGUUGAUCCAAAACUUUACCCGGAAAGACAAAGGAUUGUAUACCUUACGAACCAAAAAUAGUCGUGGAGAAUUUGUAUCAACAACAACCACGUACCUCCAUGUGCAAGCCCCCUCUUGGAUAUGUGAGCCCCCACCCAUAUCUGACAAGUUAACUGUUGAAUCAGUCCCACCAAGUGUUGCAGAAGGUGCAAGUGUUAUGCUACUGGUUCACAAUCUCCCACCGAAUCUUCUGGCAUUUUCAUGGUACAAAGGGGUAUUUCUGUUCGAGUAUGACGAGAUUGUCCGAUACAUGAUACCCUUAAACUUAAGUAUGCGGGCGCCUGCACAUAGUGGUAGAGAGAUAGUGUACAGCAAUGGAUCUCUGCUUCUUCAGAACAUCACCUGGAAUGAUAUUGGAUUCUACACCCUGCAAACUCUGAAUACAGAAAUGAAGAAUGAAGUACUGCAUGUGCAACUUGAAGUGGACACCUCCUUUUCUACUUGCUGUAACUCUCUCACCUCUGCUCCAGUCAUGAUUGAACGAGUGCCUCGGAAUGUUGCUGUAGGGGGAAGCAUUCUGCUCCUAGUGCAUAAUGCGCCAGAUCUUCAAACAUUUUCUUGGUACAAAUCAAUGGAAAAGAUAGAUAAGUUUAAAAUUGCAGACUACAGCAGAGCCAUGAAUUCCAUGACAUGGGGUCCUGAGCAAACAAGAAGACAAAAGGUGUACACUAAUGGAUCCAUGCUGCUUCAGGACGUCACUGAGAAAGAUGCAGGAUUCUACACACUACAAACUUUAAGCAGAGAUCUCAAAAUUGAAAUAACACGUGUGCAACUCCAUGUAUAUAAGCCUGUGAAAAAUCCUUUCAUACAAGUCACCAGAUAUGUCGCCAUAGUUCAGAGCUCUGUGGUCUUCACUUGCUUCUCAGAAGACACUGGAAUCUCCAUCCGUUGGUUCUUCAAUAACCGGACUCUGCAGCUCACAGAGAGAAUGAAGCUGUCCCCUACAAAGUGCAGACUCACCAUAGACCCUGUCAGGAGAGAAGAUGCUGGAGACUAUCAGUGUGAGGCCGCCAAUCCAGCCAGUUGGAAGAGAAGUAUGCCAUUCAGCCUGAUUGUGCGGGGAUUUUGA